AUCAAUCUAUACAGUUUCCAGUUCGUUCUUGAGGGCAGAACAUGUCCAGUCCAAAGAUGCUAGGAAUAUUUCUGCUGGCGUGCCUUCUGCCCGCUGGCUUGGAAAGUGCUCGGAUCCUGGCCAUAUUUCCGUUGCCGAGUCCUUCGCAUUACUUCUUUGCUUUGCCCUAUCUGAAAAGCUUGGCUUCUCUGGGCCAUGAUAUAACCACUGUAAGUCCGUAUCCUCAGAAGACGCCUAUACAUAAUAUACAUGACGUUCCUAUUCCGGAGGUGUUUGAAAACUUUAAUGAAGUCCUUAAGUCUGUAUCAAUCCCCAAGAGUACUUGGCAGAGCAGUGAUUUUGUAAACGAAUACGCCAUAAAUCUCACAAAUAUAGUGCUAAAUAACAAUGGAGUUCGUAGGGAGAUUCUGGGCCCGAAAAGGCCUCACUUUGAUCUUGUCAUAAUGGAUCUGUGGCGGAUCGACGCCCUUAGCGGCUUGGCGGCCUAUUUUGAGGCUCCGAUUAUCGGAAUGGCUCCAUAUGGUACUGACUGGAAGAUUGAUGAACUAAUGGGUAAUGUCUCUCCCAUUUCGUAUCUCCAACCUCCGUCCUCGCAAUUUCACGACUUGGAGACUUACACAGGGCGAUUGACACACUUUUGGGAACGAUCCAUUUCUUGGAUUAACUAUAAAUGGCGACAUGUAAAAAAACAGGAGGCUCUCUAUAGAAAGUUCUUUCCCCAUAUCGCCGAUCGACAUCCCUUGUCUGAGAAUUUCCGGAACUUCGCCUUGGUCUUGGUUAAUCAGCACUUUACACUGGCUGCUCCGCGUCCGUAUGUACCGAAUAUGAUAGAGGUCGGUGGGCUGCAUGUCGAUCAGAAUCCAAAAGCUUUACCCACCGACCUGGAGGACUUUAUCCAGGGUGCCGGUGAAGCUGGAGUGAUAUUCUUUUCUCUUGGGACCAAUGUCAAGAGCAAUUCUCUGUCCGAGGAUCGGCGAAAAGUACUGCUCGAAACUUUUGCCACGUUACCUCAGCGAGUCCUUUGGAAGUUCGAGGAUGACCAAUUGCCAGGAAAACCUCCCAACGUUUUUAUCAGUAAAUUUUUCCCACAGCAGGACAUCCUGGCCCAUCCCAAAGUACAGCUCUUCAUAACCCACGGGGGAUUAUUGAGCACAGUAGAGAGCAUUCAUCACGGAAAGCCUAUGCUGGGCUUGCCCUGCUUGUUUGACCAGUUCCGCAAUAUGGAAUACGUUCAACGAGUGGGUCUUGGUUUGACUCUCAGCUUAAAGGAGAUGACUAGAGAAGAUUUCAAUUCCACCAUCAAUCGGCUGACCACGGAUAUGAAAUUCAAAGAAAAGGCAAGGAUCACGGCAGCCAGAUACCGGGAUCGGCCCGUGAAGCCUCUGGAUGCGGCCAUCUGGUGGACGCACUACAUCCUCCGGCACAAGGGAGCUGCUCAUAUGCGAGUACGCGGCGCAGAGUUGAGCUUCCUGAGAUAUCAUAGCCUGGAUGUCUUGGGGACCUAUUUGAUUGCCUUGUUGGUUGUCUUAUCAGUUUUUGCUUACUGUGUGGCUAAAACCCUUAAGAUUUGCCUUUUACUGUUAAGGGGUAAAGAAAAUCAGAAGAAAAAAGAUCUGUGAAUUAUGGAAAUCUUUAUUAUAUAAUUUUGUAUCUUUCAAUAAACAGAAUUGAUGGCAUGGAAAAA